AGCAGGCGGUUAUAUAAUAGGGAAUGUGCUACUACUGCUGCUGUCGCCAGCAGUUUGUGGUCAUCUUGGUCUGCCUGCUGUACAUACUGCUCGUGCUCAUCUUCUUCAUACACGUCUUUCUGGCGGAUCGCAAUAUGCACACCAACAACCACAUGAUGCACGCUGCUGGUGGCAGUGGCAUCCCACCUGGCAUGCAGCAUCCGGGGCACCACCACAGCAGCCCCUACGACAUACACGGCUAUCCGCACUACAACAACUACCAUCCCCAAAUGGACGCCAAGUUCCAUCACCAGCAGCAGCAGCAGCAGCAUCCGGCGGCGACGCGUAAGCCUCCCAAUCAACAGCAGGCGGAGCAGGACAUUUACUAUUACUUCAAUCACGUAUUUAGGAGACGGCGUUAAAUUUUAUAAAUAUAUACAAACAUGAUAUAUAUAGAGAGUUGAAAGUGAAACGAAUUGUAAACUUGAGUUAGCGAAACAUGAAGAGAAGAAUUGAAAACUAUUUAAGCCCAAAAUAAUAACAAUAAAAUAUCAAAGCUAACAAUACACAUUUUGUAUAAAUCAAAGGAAAUCCAAGCGACCAAGCUAACAAUCCUCCAGCCAAGAUUUGCAUUUAUCUAAAAAUCAGACACACACACACCACAACAUUUAGAAAUCUUUAUAGCAACCCAUAAUGCGAAAAUGUCGCUUCUAAUUAAAACAAGCAUAGUUAUAAAUAAAA